AUGUUUUCAAAUAAUCCUACAGUUUUGAUAGUCCAUGGCGCAUGGCACGUACCUAGUCAUUACCGCUUGCUGGAGAAGAAUCUUGAACAACGAGGAUUUGAGGUCGCUUUACCAAUGCAUCCGACGUGCAACAACGCCAAUCUACCUAACAAGACACUCGGGGACGACUUGGCGCAUAUCAGACAUGUGGCUACGGGUCUAGUUGCGAAGCAAAAAUCUGUCAUCGUUCUCAUGCAUUCGUAUAGUGGAGUAGUAGGGACCGGUGCCCUGUCGGGACUGAUGGCAAAUCCUGCAAAGCCUGACGAUGGAGGUAUUGUCGCGAUGGUAUACAUGUCAGCCCUUAUUCCUUUCGAAGGGGAAUCGCUUGCAGGCAUCUUUGGCGGGAAAUUGCCGCCAUGGUUGACUCCAGACGAAUCGACAGGGCUUAUUAGAGUUGAGGACCCGGCGAUGCACUUUUAUAGUGACCUCUCACCGAGUGAACAAGAACAUGGGAUCAAAGAACAAGUGGUGCAUCCGAUCACGGCUCAGUUAAGUCCAAUAGCAUCGGUAUCGUGGAGGGAGAUGAGUGGUAGGAUUUGGUAUUUGAUUUGUGAAGGCGAUCGAGGGUUACCUCCUUUUGUUCAGGAGAUGAUGAUCAGAGAUUAA